UUCAGUCGCCGAGCGUCGCGGCGCCGCCGUCAUCGUCGUCUCUGCCCUUUCGCCCCUAGCGGCAGGGAACGGAAGCCCAGCCUUGCGCCCUCUGUUUCCUUCUACUAUUGCCUGCUCUUCCCUCUUUCGCCCCUAGCGGCAGGGAACGGAAGCGCCCCCUGCCCCCUUCUGCUCUUGCCACCGCCGCUGCCAUGCUGUUCCGUUUCGGGGUGAUUGUGCCUGCGCGGCUGGCCGAAGGAGGCACAGUGCUCUGCGUGUCAGGUUCCCGCCCGGAGCUGGGCCAAUGGGAGCCCAAGCAAGCGCUGCCCAUGAAGCCCGUGCGGCCCCUGGCUCCCUUGCCCGCUCAGGAGCCCGUCCUGUGGCUGGCGGAGGCGGCGCUGCCCGAGGAAGAGGCCGCCUCCACCUUCUGGUACAAGUUCCUGAGGCGGCGCGAGACUGGCGACACUCUCUGGGAAGGUAAUGGGCCUCACCAUGAUCGAUGUAGUGUUUAUAACCCAAGCAACUUGGUUGAUGGAGUUUACUGCCUCCCAAUAGGGCACUGGAUUGAAGUUUCUGGGCACACUGAUGAGAUGAAGCAUACAACUGAUUUUUAUUUUAAUAUUGCUGGACAUCAAGCUAUUCACUACUCCAGAAUUUUGCCAAAUCUGUGGUUAGGAAGUUGCCCUCGUCAAGUGGAACAUGUGACUGUGAAGCUAAAACAUGAAUUGGGUAUUACAGCUAUCAUGAACUUCCAGACUGAAUGGGAUGUUGUUCAGAAUUCCUGGGGAUGCAAUCGCUAUCCAGAACCAAUGAGCCCAGAAGUUCUCAUGAAGCUAUAUAAAGAAGAAGGCCUUGCUUAUGUCUGGAUGCCAACACCAGACAUGAGUACAGAAGGUAGAGUACAGAUGUUGCCCCAGGCUGUUUGUCUUCUGCAUGGGCUGUUGGAGAACGGGCACACUGUCUAUGUUCAUUGCAAUGCAGGUGUUGGCAGGUCCACAGCUGCAGUCUGUGGCUGGUUAAAAUAUGUGCUGGGAUGGAACUUGAGGAAAGUGCAGUAUUUUGUGGCCUCCAGGAGAGCAGCUGUCUAUAUUGAUGAAGAAGCUCUGGACUACAGGGAAGGAGGAAAACCUGAUAGCUUGAUCAGGCUAAAAAUCUCAAAUCAUGUAUUUAUUUAUUAACUAUUUGUUUAUUUUUAAAAAAUUAAAAUGAUGCUCAGCUCAACUGUCAGAUAUAAAAUGUGUUUAAAAGCAAAUACCAAUUAAAGCAUAAACACAUUUAAAGCACAGUUGAAAGCACAUGUGUUAAGAGAAACACUCAAACAGUGAAAGGCUUUUCUGGCACUUAAUCUAGCUUUGCCUACCAGUAGAAUGACAGUGAAGGGAACCAGCCUUGACUCUCUUAACAGGACUGGAACAGACUACCCUUUAAAGCCACCAUCUAGACAGCUUGGGAGUGCGGUGUUUAUAUGCCAUGCAUUCUGAAGCCUCCUGGAAGUCAGGCAGCUGCCCAGACAUGCACGGCUUCAAGAUGCUCCAGCGGCACACCAUUUACGCACUGCACACUGCCAAAGCAUCUUGAAGCUGGCUUUGUGCUUCAGUGGAGCUGCAAAAGCCAGGGUUUUUUUCCAGCCCCAAAAGGCAUGAAUCUUUUCCACUCCUUUUUGGGCUGGCUUCAAAGCAGAUUAGGGGUGUGGCAUGUGGUUUCUGUGGCCACAAUCUGUCUUUGGAAGGGACAGCUUCAAGCUGCCCAUUUUUGACAGUCUGUUUCAGCCCAGAGGCUUCAAAAAUCUGAGAAAACCCUCUUGUGUCCCACUUGACUGUGUAAAAAGGUGGUGAGAGAUUGAAAAUAGCCUUGUCUCAGACUGUUUCAGUUUUGAGUAGCCUGAUCCCAGAUAAUUUCAGUUUCAUAGGUCAUAACUAGAACUUCCAAUUUCACCCCAAAAUAGGCGAGUAGCCAGUGCAUAAAUGAAAAGAAAAACUUUAAUAGGAAGAAAAUAAAACAAUUCUCAAAUGAAGUACUUAAAAACCAGUAAACCUUAACAGACUCCACCGCACCCCAAAACUGGACACUCACAAAUUAUCUCAAUCUCAACAGGAGUGUCCAGAUUCAUUUUUUCAAAAAAUCAGGGAUAGCUGUGUUGACCAUGAAACAAAUGGUGGCUGUGUGAUGUUUAGGGGAGGUAAGUAGGCAUGAGUGGAGCUAAGAAAAUGCACACAUACCAAGAAGAAAAAGAAGGAGGAGGACAGAGGAUCUUGGAGAUGUCUCAUCCAUAGGGUCGCCAUGAGCUGAGAUCGACUUGAGGGCAGUUAACAACAAAUUAGAAAAGCAUGGAAUUUAUGUAUUAACUUUCAUCUGCAUGAAUAAUAUUUUAUCUGACCACAUGUAAAUUGAUUUAGAUUUUGAAUAUAACUUUUUCCAAAUUAACUUCUAUUUUGUAUUUUCAAAAGCUGUAGGAAUUAAAAAGGACAAUUCCUGUUGUGUACAUUUAAUGUAUUAAAAAGAGUGACUUUCUGGCGAAACAUCAGGAAUAAACUCUUCUAGAAAAUGGCCACAUAGUCCGAAAAACCCACAAAAUCUAUGGAUGCCGGCCAUGAAAGCCUUCAACUCCACAUUAUUAGAUUAUUGUCAAUCAUAAGAUUGCUUGGAUUGGGACUUAUUUUAUUGCAUAGUUUCAGUCUGUGCCUCAAAAAGAGGUGGGUAUUUUGGGUUGCCAUGCUGGUGUACUAAAGCAUAUGUCAUGAUAUAUGACACAGGAGUCCUGUGCUUAUACUGCAUGUGCAGUACCACACAUCUGUCCCUUUUAAUAUAUUUUUAUAUUCUUGGUGGAGAUAGUUUACAUGAAGAGACUAUUUUCCUUCUGAUGUGAGAAUUAAGUGGACCAAGACAACAAUGGUUAUAGCCUCCUAAAGUUGGAGUAUGUGAUGUCUUUGGGAGGCAUCCAAGCUCAGAUAGUUAGGUACUUUCAAAAAUAAUUUAUUGUAGUUAUUAUUUCAAGGCCCCCAAAAGUAUAUCAUUCUAUUAUACUUCUAAUUUACUUUUCUGUUCCCCAAAGUAACCAGAAUACAUUUUAAUUACUCUGAAAAACAAAUUGGGAUGCUGCAGACUGCUGGUGCAGCAUGAACCAACCCAUUAGCCACGUGAUAUUCCUCUUCCACCAUUUAGUGAGAGUAUAUACAACUACCCCACAACUACCAUUGUAAGUUACAAUUAUAUCACAAAUAGAAUGAUGUCCCCCCCCCAAGUAUUAAUGUGGUUAUACUUUGUUAUUAAGAAAAUGAAUUAAUGGCAUUAAUGACAUGUUAUUUAUAAUUGCAGGUAUCUUGUAAGAGAUUAAGCUCUGGACUUUAUCAAAGAAAGAGUAAAAUGGAAGAAAAAAGGGAUGGCAAUGAAAUACUUUUUUUUUGAGGGAAAUAAUAAUGAAAGACAGAAGAGAUAAAGCAAAAUGAAAGUGGAUUUCUGCAGGCCCUUAAAACUGACAGUUGCAUUUGUCAAUAUUGAGUCCUACCUUCAAGCCCAUCAAAUAGCAUAUAAAAUGAUAUAUGAGAGCAAGCUAAACCAUAGCAUUUUACUUUGGUGAAAAGAAUCAAUCUUAAGCUCACAUCACUAUCAAAUCAUGUCCUAUCAAAAUACAAUUUAUUUAACUUUUCUGUAUUUAUUAUUAUUUUAAGAAAACUAAAAUCUCAUUCUUUCAGUUAAGGAAGAUGCCCCAUGACUGGGCUUGUUGGGUGCUAACCAAAGGAUUUGCUUUUGAUUUGACUUACAUUAUUUUCUAGUUUUGGCUGACUAAAGGCUGACUGACCUAUAUACUGUCAUCACUGUUAUUUAGCACUCAGGAAUUUGCAGCAGAGUGUGUGAACUCAGUCUCAAGCUGAGACUGUUUUCUUGCUCCCCAAAAAUGGACAGCCCUUGAUAACGGUCACAGAGUCCACAUUUUGUGACAUCCCUUUUCAAAAUAAAAAUAAAACAUUAUUUGGCUUCAGAUUUAACAAGACUGUUCAGCUUCCCAGCUGCUUCCAAAGACUAAGAGAGCUCAAAACUUCAGCUUGUGCAGUUAAAUCCCAUUUUAAUGAUUUUUAGCCUAAAAUCUCUUUAUGCAUUUAAUAAAUGUCAGUGUCAACACUGUUUUAACUAGGACUGAGUGGAUUUCCCAUGUUCCAUUGUGUAAUUCUGUUAUGGGUUGAUUCUUUUCUGCAUCCUCUUUGGUCUCCUGAAUUCCCCUUGAGAAAUUCUUUCAGACAGCAGCUUGCUGCAACGUUUUGUUCCUUUUGCUUGAAUGUGUGCUGCCAUUUACAUAAGCCAUGCGUACACACAAUGAUGCACAUUAAAAAACCAUUAUUAUUUUUCCAGCAUGCAUCCUGGAGCAUUAUCUCACUAACAUUUGUUUCUGAGAUCUUGUGAUCAUGUAUUUCUCAGAAAAGGAAGCAGUAAGUCAGUGGCAUGCUGCACACACACAUCAUGAAACAAUUUAACAGUGCCUCCAUAGAAUAUAACUGAAAUGGAAUUCCUUGCUUCACUGUCCCCAAAUGUAGUGAUGGGAAAGGGCAGCCUAUUUCAGCUAUUUUUUUUAGAGCGAUUAGAAAGUCAUGGCAGAAGCAUGGACUGCAUUGCAUACCCUCUGUUUCAAGCUACAGGUGUCGAGUAGAUUGGAAAGCAAUAAUUUCUGUUUGGAGCAUUUACUAGAGGCCAAGAGACAGAAAGAGAGCGAGAGAGAUUUGCAUUAGGUUCAGGAUUAUGCUGGUGGGCAAGGAGCCUAUUUUCUGCUCUCAUUUGCUGUGUUCAGCCAAUUUUACAUGCUAGACAGCAGGAUGAACACCUAAAGAAGGUCCAAGAUCACAGCAGGUAUCAAGCUGAUUUGCCAGCAUCCAGCCACUGGAGUGAGGAGUAGGCAAUGGAAUGAUCCUAUAACCCAAGAACCAGGAGACUUCAUCACCUCUCUGUGACCCUGAUAUCAAUUUAAUAUCAGAAGGGAUGUUUUAGGCAAGUAGCCCAAAUAGGAACUCCCCAGCACAGGGCACCAGCUAUGCCAGCCUGGGAGAAGCCCAAGACACUCAAACCAUGAUGAAAUCUCUCAAGAUUCAAAUCAUUUCACUAUGGAGAGGUGAAACCCCUUUUGUCUGAAAACAUGUACACCAAUAGUCCAGUUGUUAAUGCAUACCCCAACAUUCUUCUCCCCUAGGAAAACCAUUUAGCAAUGAGGUAAUCCAUUCAUCCUGAGAAUACUGCCCCAGGACAUGAUUUUGAGUAUAAAUGUAGAUGCUUUGGCAUUAGUAAUUUGGUAUAGUUUGGAGCAGAACAGAACCUCCAUCUGACCUCUGCUAGAUUCUUCAAUAAGCCAGCCACCCCCACUUGCCACAGUGACUGAGCCAUCUCCAUUCCAAACACCCCCAGAUCAGAGUAAUGCUUUGGGAAAGGUAGUAUCGCCUCAUAGCAACCCUCAAAGUCACUAUUUCUCCCACUUUUGAUUCAUUGAUUCUUGCGUGUGUGUUCACGAGAGUUUGUGUAUGUGUGUGUUGAUUAUUUCACCAGUAAAAAACUAAGAAACUUUAUUUGGAAUUGCCUCUCAAGUUCUGUGUGGCUUGGAACCAAUAUAUAGAGGGGCAGAUCCCAGGCUGAAUGUUGACCCAUUCAAGCUAUCUUAAUUCCCCUAUAAAAUAUUAUUUAUGGGUACCCUCUCAAGGCCUCAGCUUUUUGGGGAACAAUCCAGAUGUUUCAUCUCACUAAGUGAUCUAGGGCUGACAUUAGGGUUGGAAAAUUAAAGUGUUGCAUGGACAUUUUCUAAUCUUAUUUCACCUCUUCCAGAAAUGACCAUAGAAAAGAGCAUAGUGUGCCUUGGAAAUCUAUACAUCUUUCUAUUGGGAGGAGAAAAUGUACAAAAUCAUAUGUACAUUUGGCCAAUUCCCAUUACUGAAAAUGCAUAUUUUAGUUAAUGUCAGGGAGGCAUCUGAAUAUAUAUUAGAAAGUUGUGUACAAAAAUUUGAUGCCUUUCUAGAAUAUGUUGACCACACUCAAAAUGGAGAGGUGAAGUAGUGAUGAGUGAAUUCAACUAUGCUGAUAUUUGCUGGAAAUCAAACUCAGCCAAAACAUUAAGGUCUGGCAAAUUUCUCACUUGUUUGGAAGACAGUUUCAUUGUUUAAAAGUGGAAGAGGCAACAAGGGGACCAGCUAUUUUUGAUCUGAUCCUAACCAACAGGGAUGACCUGGUAAAUAGGGUGCAAGUAGUGAGGUCCUUAGGUGGGAGUGACCAUGUUCUCCUGGAGUUUGAUAUACAGUGGAAAGGGGAAAUCAAGCAUAGUCAGACACACAUUCUAGACUUUAGGAGAGCUGAUUUCAGUAAACUUAGAGAAAUACUGGGGGCGAUCCCCUGGUCAGGAAUACUUAAAGAGAAAGGAGUUGGCGAUGGAUGGGAGUUUCUUAAAAGUAAAAUAUUGAUGGCACAAUAUUGAAACAGUUCCAAUGAGGAGGAAGAAAUGAGAAGUUUCUGAAGAAACCAGAAUAGUUGUUUAAAGAACUUUCAACUGAGAUAAGAUUUAAAGGGGACAUGUACGGGAAGUGGGAAAGGGGGAGAAUCACCAAAAACGAAUUCAAAUUCAUAGCUAACGCAUAUAGAGAAAAAAAAUCCGAAAAAGCAAAACCACAGAAAAAGUUCAAGCCUGCUAGAGGGGUUAAAAACAAUAAAAGGGCUUUUUUCUUGUGUCCAAAGCAAAAGGUAGAAUAAGAAAAUCGUAGGGCUAUUACAUAGAGAAAAUGGCAAAAUGCCAACAGGGCAGAGCGAAAAGGCAGAACUUCCCAACACUUUCUUUGUCUUGGUGUUCUCCCAAAAGGAGAACAGUAUUCAGCCUGGGGAAAAAUGGAGCAGAUGAUGCAGUAGGGGAAAUGUAUUGCAGAAUAGGUAUAGAGGUAGUACAAGAAUACCUGGCUACCUUAAAUGAAUUCAAGUUUUGAAGGUCUUAAAAGAACUGGCAGAAAUGAUUUCAGAGCCACUGGCAAUAAUCCUUGAGAAUUCUUGUAGAACAGGAAAAAUCCCAGCAGACUGAAGAAGGGCAAACGUCCCCAUCUUCCAAAAAAAAAAAAAGGGGGGGGGGAGGAAUCCCAACAAUUCCUGCCCAGUAAGUCUGACAUCAAUACCAGGAAAGAUUCCAGAGCAGAUCAUAAACAAAAAGUCUGUGAACAUUUAGAAGGGAAUGCCAUAAUCACAUGGGUUUCUCAAAAACAUUUCAUGCCAGACUAAUCUGAUCUCUUUUUCUGAUAAAAUUUCUAUCUUGGCAGAUGAAGGGAAUGCCAUAGAUUACCAUAUCUUAAUUCCAGUAAGGUCUUUGACAAGAUCCCCCAUGAUAUUCUUGCAAAUAAGCUGGUAAAAUGUGGGUUAGACAAUGCAACUCUUAGGUGGAUUUGUAAUUUGUUCACUGGCCGAACUCAAAGGGUGCUCAGAAAUGGCUUUUCUUCAUCUUGGAGAAAAGUGAUCAGUGGGGUGCCACAGGAUUCUGUCCUGGGCCCAGUGCUAUUCAACAUCUUUAUCAACAACUUGGAUGAAAGAAUAGAGGACAUGCUUAUCAAAUUUGAUGAUACCA